UCGAGGAAGGGGCAAAACGGUGACACAAAAGUCAUGGGUUUGUUUGUGAAGUUGUGACAGUAAACACAAAGCAACAGAAAUGGCUGUGGCAAGAGGCAUGAUUAAGAGAAUGAGUAAUAGGGUUGGUGCUGUUCUGCUACGUCCUCCAACAACACCAUCUCAUUCACUCUUAUUCCAUUUUUCAAACGAUUCUCUCCCUCUAUCCAAAUUCCGCCUUUCUUCCUUCUCCUCUACUUUCCUUCGAUCCUUCUCCCACCAUUUUCCAGGAUUUUCAGAAGAGACAAGUGAUGAAGGUGCUACCACUGACGGAUGGGAAGAGGAAGAUGAGACUGAACCUAAGAUUGGUGAUGGAGGUGAUGGUGGUGGAGUUGCCUUGCAAAAUGUCCCUUGGGGCCAGCGAACUCUCUCUAUUGCUGAGGAGGUGCUUAUGCAGUUCAGUGAGGACAUCAAACUAUUUGCUUUCAAGACAACUCCUCGUGGAUAUGUUUAUGUGAGAUUGGACAAAUUAACUGAUGAAUAUGGGUGUCCAAGCAUGGAAGAGCUUGAAUGCUACAAUAAAAAAUACAAAGAAAGAUUAGAUGAAGUUGGAGCACUUGGAGAAAUACCCGAUGAUUUGGCUUUAGAGGUUUCAUCCCCAGGUGCUGAGAGGCUACUGAAAGUACCAGAUGAUAUUGGUAGAUUCAAAGACAUGCCUAUGAGAGUGUAUUACACAGAAAAUCUAGAGUCCAAUUGCCCAGAAAGGGAGGGAGUUUUCUUGUUAGAUUUUAUAGAAAAAGACUCAGAGAUGUGUGUGUGGAAGUUGGCAGACGUUAAAGAGAAUAGAGACCCCCUUAGAAAAGGCAAACCUUUAAAUCGUAAACAGAAGGAUUGGAGAUUGAAACUUCCAUUCAACUUGCAUAGAAUGGUUAUUCUGUACCUUGUAUAAUUAUAAAGUAUAAUUUUGUUCUGAUUCAAAAACAUGGAAUUGUUUUCUA